AACAGCAGCUCCAGUUUCUAAUUGGAUUGGGGGUGUAUGGGAAAAGUGCAGCAAUGCAUCUUUUCUUCUUUUGACAGCCCUCUCCCCCUCAGGACUAAUACUGCACGGGGGGGAAGAGAAAACCCCUAACAAGCCAGAAGCACUGAUCACACCUCCGUGUGGGAGCUGAUUGCUGGGAGCAGCGUUUGCCGCGAGACCUAGGAUUUCCCCUGCCUCCAACCUGGAGCGAUUUCUCCUGGAACAAAGUCAUCCCCCGCCUCACUCCACCUUUGCCGGCCGUUGACAAGUUUUGCCAUUUGGAUUUAAUGGAGCUGGGAUUCUUGUUACUCUUUGGACUUACAGUGACCUCGAGCGCAGGGUUCUCGCUGCCCGUGCCUCGCCCCCGGCCCCUCGCGGAGAGCGGCAGCGGCCGGGGCCCGAGGUUUCCCGCGCUCCGGGAGCAGGCCGGGGUGGAGAGCCCGGGCCGGGCCGCCGCAGGGGGGCUGCUGGCCGGCGGAGGAGGGAAGGCGGAUGGCCCGGGAGCGCCGCGCCGCAGAGCCAAGCGCUGCACUUGCUACACCUACAAGGACAAGGAGUGUGUGUACUACUGCCACCUGGACAUCAUCUGGAUCAACACCCCCGAGUGCACAAGUCCUGAUAUAAAGAGAAAUCACUGUAGGGAGACACAGGAAGAGAAUCUCAAGGGAGUUCUCUUUACACUUCAUUCUUCAGUGUGCUGCAUGAGGACUGUACCAUAUGGGCUGUCUAACUACCGAGGCAGUUUCAGAGGCAAAAGGUCUACAGGACAGCUUUGCAAGAGCACAGAGUCUUUAGAUUGGUCUUUAUCACGGUGCUCUUGUUUGGACAUACGUGACAAACAGUGCAUGUUGUUUUGCACAAGAACCCAGGACAGCAGAUGUAAUCAGGGGUCGCUGAAAAAGACAGCAGAGAAAGAGCAACGCAGAGAAAAUGAACAUGCCCUUAUUCAUUAGCACAGAGGGUCCAGGCAGUUUCUGAACGGAGAGGUACAUGUUUGUUUGCCGAAGCUCAGAAGCAAGAAUCUAAGCUACAAAUCUCCCAUGAGAUGGACAUAUUGGAAUGCUUCAGGCUGGCUGCCAAUAGAUAAUCGAGCAGUAUGCAAUGCCUUUAUUGCAUUGAUGUCAGUUUGAGGGCACAUGAACCUGUGUGAAGAACUUUGCAUCCUUUUAUACUUCUCUGACGAGAGUGUCAUAAACCAUGCAGUACAGGAUGAGUAUCUGCAUGUACCCUGGAGAUGCGGGGGAGGGAAAAAGGAGUAUUUAAACUUAAGCAACACAAACAGAUUCAAGAAUGACUUUUUACCUGGUUUUAAAAAUAAUACAGUAGAAACAUACUGUUCCACUUAGUGCUUGCUGCCUGCGUGAAGUAACCAGUUCCAGCUGUAUGCAGGCAAUUAUGAUUGGAGAAUCUGGUAAAUUAGAGAAUUGUCUGUAUAAGAAUUUGCAUUAUGGAUAAACAGAAACUAAAUUCGUCUCUUGCUAAUAGAUGCAAGCCUAUUAGCCAAUCAUCAUAUUGUAACAUUGUUGGCAGAUAUUUAAAAGUCAGUAUCUAUGCAGAAUAAAUAUGAAUGGUUAAUAUUUAUAUCAAUAUAAAAUAUAGCAAGUUAGCAAUAUACAGUAAGUAUUCAAUAGGUUACUUAAUUAAGGCACAAAUUAUUUCUGUGCUGGAAAUAAACACAUCUACAAUGAAUAUCUAGGGAUAUACACUGUAGUUGAUGAAUGGAAUUCCAAUUAUCCACCAGCAAGAAUCUGCUGAGGAUGAAACUAAGACUGACAGAUACAAAAGCAUUAUCUAAACUUUAUACAUUCAAAAUAAUUUACAUCUCUCUCUCCUAAUCCCAUAUGUGCUGUGCCAUACGUACCCAGUGCAUACAUUCCUAUUUGCUGAUGUUUUUAACCCUUGAUUCAAACCACUUUACUGAGCAGUUGAAGGAUUGGGGAAAUGUCAAGAAAAUGGGAACAAGGACAAUGUUGGUCCCUGGAAAUUUAUCAUCAGAAGUGAUUUCCUCAGCAAGUAUGGACUGGACUAUUUUUUUUGGGGAAACAAAAGAACAAGCAAGAGGAUGAAUAACACUUCCAAAUGUUGCUCUUUGAUAUGAUUUAAAAUGUAACAGAGGAAUUUCCUAACUUGUGGCAUUACUGAUUCCUUUGUUAGACCUUCAUACAAAUCUUCCUAGGUGAAACUAUGAGCAAAUGACAUUUAUCACUUUUAUCAGAAGAUAGUUGCAGACCAAAACAAAAACUGUAAAUUGAAUAUAACUGAACUUUGAGUUCACAAUACAAAUGGAUAUAUAGGUUAAACAGUGGCAAUAGACAUUGAAACAAGAAAGGGUAAGGUCUCUGCCAAAAAAUUAUAUAUAUAUUAUAUAUAUGGAUAUAUUUCAUAAAUAAAUUAUUAGAGUUAUAAAGUGAAUAUAUCUUUCAAUUAUCACAUUUGUAUCACUGUUUUUUACUUGCUGGCAUGAUUUUGUAUGUUUAUAGAAAUGUAGAUUAUUUAUUGUUAAAACACUUCACCUAUGGCUUUUUGGUGUGGCUUUUUAAAAAUAAUAUAACAAAGGGAAUGUGUGUGUGUGCAUAUGUAUAUAUAUUUUAAAUAACCAACCUUUUGUUAUGAAAGCAAUAAUGUUCAUUUAUAACCAUUUUUUGGAAUACUUAUGCACAAUUAGGAAUAUGAGAAUUUCCCACCUUCAAAGGAGAGUGGUAGUUCUCCUAAUAAGCUGCAAAUUAAGUAAAAUCAAAAUCACAAUAAAAAGACCUCUUUGAUAUAACCAUGAAUUAAAAAGAUAUAAUUUAAUCUUCUGUCUCUUCCGUGGCUGAAUGGAUAUCUUGGUAUAACCCAUAUCUGGUCUCACUGGAGUUGUUGGACAAAUGCAGAAGCACUCAAUCCAGGCUAGUUAUGAACUCUGUACUCUUGCGUCAGCCGGAAGAUCCACAGACUUCAGAAUCAGGCAAUAAAGAGACCCAAGGUGGCUAGCACCCUACUGACUCAGUGCUGCCUCCACUGGUACUGUUAGCAGGCUCUCUCUGGUACAAGUGGUCAAUAUAUUUUGGAUUCCUACUAUUUUGUCCUAGGUGGGAGCUGGUGCAAUUUAAAUUUUGUAUCCCUACAUGGAGUCUCACCCCUAAGUCCUGCUUGUCUUCUCUACAGUGUUUUUUUCCAAAGAUGGAGUGCCAAAUUCACUGAGGUUCUAUGCCAUCUUGUAAUGACGUAAACUUACACUUGCCUGUCCGAGUUUUGGCACUGCACUGGAUUUGACCCUGGAGUGUUGGAGGGACUGCUGUGCUUUGGCAUCAGGAAGAAAAUUACUGGAUUUUACAUCUGAAUGCUCCCUUAAAAUAGUUUGCUUUUGGGGUGCCCCACAACAAAGAAUAUCAUUCUACCAAUGCAAUGUUGUAAUUCCUGUGAAAAUUAGUUUAUCAUCAGGGCCUCAAAGUGAAGAAAACAAACAUAGUAAGUGAAAGUUAUACCGAACCCAGGAGAGGCAAAAAGCAGAGUCCUGCAUGGACCUCUUCUGCUGAAUCUUAGCUAAUGCAACCCAUGCCCAAACACUAGGCUCACGCAGGCCCUAGAAUUAUCUGAGCUGGAACUAGAGUUAUUCUACUUGAGAAAAGAUUAAUGGGCUUGACAUUCAGUAAAUAAUAACCUCAUGCAUUUAUAGCAAGUUUCACCCUGAAAGAUCCUAAGGCAGUUAGGAAAAAGUUUUCAAAACUGCUUGGCAGCUCUACCUGUUCUAGUUGGGAGCUGCUGGAUGGAGAGUCCUUUUGAAGUUGUGCUUACUUCAUCUGGGAGCUGAGUUCUUUUGAAAAUCUGGCCUUGAGGAAAUGACAUGUGAAAUGAAAAUUGCAUAUCGUGGAAA